UUUUCAGUUCAGAGAGGGAGGGAGAGAGAGAGAGAGAGAGAGAGAGAGAGAGAGAGAGGGAGAGAGAGAGAGAGAGAGAGAGGGAGAGAGAGAUAGUUAGGGUUUCGAACCCAGUUGUGUCUCUGUGAUCUCACCGAUCUUUCAUUUUCUACUCUAUCCGGAGAAAGUUCCACUGUUUUACCUAAAGUUUCAGUUUUUCCGGUAAAAAGUUCGGUUUUCCGGUGAGGGGUCUCGUUUUUCCGGUGACAUGAGGAACUAGUUGACCAUUGACACUUUGAAAUCAGGGUUUUGUCCUCAAGGCAGGCACCACUUCCAAUUCUUUUUGCUCCCAAUCGUCUCUCGCUUCCUCUUCAUUUCCCCCCAAAAUUUUGCCUUCAAAGAGGAAUCGUUGGUUCAUCAAAAUCUUUUAGCUUUCUAGCGAGACUAAGUUCAGUGAACUGGAUCUUUCCUUUUGGUGUUUUUCGGUAUUGCCCCUCAACUGUGAUGAUAAGUAUUGUGGUAUAAAGAGAGAAAAAGGUGGAAGUUUUCGCACUCAUUUAAUCAUGUUUCAAGUUUUCUGAAGCUUUUGCUUUUCUUAAUCAACGAUUGAGAUUAAUGAGUUUGUUGGAUUUAUCUGAACUAUUUUAUCCUUUGUUUGAUCUAUAUGUAUUGAGGAUCUUGAUCAUCGUCUAACAUAGUGGUUACUGCAACAGGCAGGCACCACUUCCGAUUCUUUUGCUCUCAAUUGUUUGUGGCUUCCUUUUUAUUUUCCCAAAAAACUUUGCCAUCAAAGAGACUCGUUGAUUCAUCAACAUUCUUUAGCUUUCUAGCGAAUUUGGGUUCGAACUAUGGCUGUCUCUUUUACCCGUUUUUCGUGGAGGUUGUGGGGUGGGAAAGAGAAAGAGCCUGUCUCAAAUGGGUCUUCGCUGAAUUCUUCAUUUGACUGGGGAUUUGGUCUGAGGGAGCCCGAGACUGUAAAAUUUCCUUCUGUGAAAGGGACCAAAAUAUCCUCGUCCCAAAGGAAGGUUAAGAGGAAAUGGCAGAGUAGGGAAGAGAGGAGAAUUGACAGGGAGUUUGAUGCGGAGGUGGUUCCAUCGGAUGGUGUUUGUUUGUCAGGGUCUGAAUCCGAUGACCCAGACUGGUCCAUUGGAUGGUUUGAGCCUCAUGGACCUGAUUUUGACAGUGAUGAUGGCUUAGCAGUACUGGUUCCGAGCUAUACACCAGGUUGCAAGAAGGUGGUAGAGGGCUCAAAUAACCAGCUUUUGAGUGCCAUCAAGAACCUCUCUCCUGAGGGCACAAACUGUAUGGCACAGUUGCUUUCUUCUCUUCCGAACUUUGAUAACUUCGAUAUCUAGAAAUAGCUGAUCAUUCUCAGAAUGGCCCUUUUUUUGAGUUCUUCAUUCUGUGAUCGUUUGGAGAACCAAAGGUGUUGGAAAAAAAAAAAAAAAAAAACCAGAAAGAUCAUGUUAGGCUCUACAUCAGCAUCUUGAGCACGAGUGCAUAGGACUAACGCCCAAUUGAACUCGACCACAAGUUAUCCAGUUAAGCAAAUAGAAGAACCAUGUUCUGCGACUGCGAAGAAGACAGCAACAGAUGCUUUCCACAGCAUGCCAUGUUCUGUUAUUCAUCCUUCCGUUGGUUAGGUUCAUGCAUCAUUGGGUUGCCAGGAGAAACCUGAAACAUAAUGGAGUUUCUUUAGUGUAAAUACAGCUUUUGUGAAUAUGUGACAAUAUAGCUAUGCUUUAUCUCACUUCUACUGUAAAUAAUUCUGCUAUUUCCUUAGUCAAUGAAGGGCCAGUCUGCUAAUAUCCCA